GUAGGGAAGGAGAAGGGUGCUGGAGGGGCAGGAAGGGGCCGUGAAGGGCGUUUACAAGAGGUAGGGAAGGGCAGGAGAGAAGGCCUUGACGCAGCGAGGGUGGGGCGCGACGGAGGCAAGGCAGGAAGGGACUGUAGAACGGGCCGAGUGCCACCGCCAGCCAGCCAGCAUCAGUCGUGGCUGCGGCAUCAUCCAGGACGGACCCUCGCUCUCUCGCCCUCCGGAGCCUCUCACUGAACCCUGAGCUGCCCGGCCACACCCCUCGACCACGCCUGCACCCCUCCACGCCCUCGCCUCCCUCUCUAACGCCACUAUACCCGCGCCCUAAAGAAGAAGAUUCGAGUGAGCCUGAGGAAAAAAAAGACUAUAUAAAGGUGAAGUGAAACAGGAAGGAUAAAAGGAAAAAGGAAAACAGAUGAAGACAGUUUUCACCCCAUAAACCAGACAUAAAAAAAAAAACAGAAUAUGGAAGACAGGUAAAGGCGAGGAGGAAAAAGGAAAGAAGAGACGUUACAAAGCAGAAAAAAAUAGGAAAGGAAUAAAAGACCAGCAGUAAAAAUAACAGUACUGAAAAAUAAAAGAAAUAAGAGAAGAGGAACGCUUACACACGCACAAAGAAAUAGAAAAAUGAGGUAAAAACGAGAGUAGAAAAUAAAAGAAGAAAAAUACCUAAGAAAUACAGUGAAAGGGGAGACAAUGCUAAAAGAGGAACAAAAAAGCACCCGGAUAAAAAAUAGAUAGAAAAAAACAGAAUAAAGGAGAGUAGAUAAGUAUUGACAAAGAAAGAGAAAGAAUGGAAAUAAAAGGAGAGUAGAUAUUAAAAAAGCAGUUAGAGAAUAAGGAAAAAGACCACAUAAUAAAGAAAAGAAAAGGAAGUUAGGCAAAAAACUAAGAAAGAGAAGAUUAAAAGAAAAACACGUCACAGAAAAAAAAGAGAAUUAUAGAAGAGAAAAGAAAAGGAAAGUAGACAAAAACAAAGAAAGAAAAGAUUUAAGAAAACAGGUCACAGAAAAAAAGAAAGAAUUAAAAAAGAGAAAAUAGACAGAAAUAAAGAAAAAAAUAUUAAAAACAAAUCACACGUUACAGAUAAAGAAAAUUAUUAAAAGGGACAUUGACGACAACAGAAAAAGAAAAGAAGUGAAAAAAAGGACACUGUACAGAGAAACGAACCGAAUAAGAAAGGGGAAAAUUGAUUAAAGGCAAGGAAAAAAGAAAGAAAGAAAAGUACAAUAAAAAGCAGAUAAAAAGUAAGAAAAACAAAAAAAUCGUCAACUCAGCAGAAAAAAAAAUAAAAAAAAUCUCAGACUCGACAUAUUAACAGAAUCAGAACACUUUUUACAAGGAAUCAGAAUCGGAAUCAGGAAGCAAGCGAAGAAAGAGCAAGAAAAACAACAAAAAUAAAAUCAACUCAGCAGAAAAAAAAAAAGCUCAAAGACUCGACAUAUUAACAGAAUCACAACACUUUUUACAAGGAGUCAGAACCGGAACCAAGCGAGCGAGUGAAGAGGAAGAAGAAGAAGAGGAAGAACCAGCAGAAGAUUAAGAUUCCGGGAAAGUCGAGAGAUAAAAAAAGAAGAAGAAAAAAGAAAAGAAAAUGAAGCUCGAAUCUGAGGGAAGUUUAAAGUGACGAGAUUAAAAACGAACCUUGAAUCACAGGAAGGAAAAAAAAGAGAAAAAAGAUCACAAGUAAGUUUUUAAUCCCAAGGUGAAUUACACGGACGAACGAACACACACACACAGAUAUUGAGUUACGUGCAAUGACCCGAAGUUGAUAAUGAAGGUGACGAUGAUAAUGAUGAAGAGAAAGUGAAGAAGGUGUUGAUGUUGAUGGUGACGGUGUUGCUCUCUCUCCUCUCCUUCUUCUUCUUCUGAGCUUGUGUUUCAGAUACCACGAUGAGUCUCCAGCAGCCGGGCGCCUUCUCCUCCUUCACCGCCUCCUCCUCUUCAUCCGCGUCCUCCUUCCUCUUCGCCUCCGUCGCUUCGUGGCUGAUUCUCGUCUCCUGUCGUAUCGAAUUUUGCCUCAGCCACCCACCGCCCGCAGCAGCCGUCCCCAGCACACGCCCACAAGCCCUGCCGUGGUCUGCCCUACACGCUGAUGUACCUCCAGCCGCGCCCCCGUCAGUCAGUCCAGAGGUUCAUGUGUCCCAGCUGCGCCUCCCGGUUGCUAAGCCAUCCACUUCAAACUCCUUGGUCUCUCAGGCAUAUGUCUCUGUAGGUCAGGCAUCCAGUUCAUCCUUAUCGGUUUCCCAGUCUCCCAGUCCACAUGUCUUAGCCUCCCAGUCACAUUCUACAGCUCCUCAGUCACCCACUCCACCUCUCCCAGUUUCCCAGUCCCCCAGUCCACAGUUUUUGGUUUCCCAGUCACAUGUCUUCCAGUCAAAGUCGUCCAGUCCACAGUCUCCAGUGUCCCAGUCCGUCAGUCCACAGUUCCUUGUUUCUCACCCCCCAAGCCCCUCGCCCGGCCCUUCCCCCCUCCCCCCCGCCAGUCACCCCCCGGCAUCGCCACGUCCCCAACAGGCGCCACAGCAGCUUUACGUUCGUCCCCCAACAAGUCUGUUUUUCCCGCCUCCGCGGCAGAGUGGCCUCGUUAGCGGCGAGGCGCGCGGGGAGAGUGAACACGAGGAGGGAAAUGCACUGACAGAUCACGAAGGAAUGGAAGAAAGGAGUGGCGGGAAAGAAAGCGGCGGAGGCGCCACAGCAAGGCAGGACACUGCAGGCCGGGGCGUGAGUCCCCGCGGCACCGAGGCGAGGCACCUGAGCCUGCGAUUGUCUCCCGACGCAGAGCUGCGGGCGAGGGCCGUCCUGCUCCACACGGCGGGGCGACUCACGUCCGAGGAGGAGGAGGAGUCUGGACGCAGCGUUUCAUGGACUAAAAAAUCAAGUCACGAACUUGACUCCGGGUCACGUGUAGGAGACAAGUUAGGUACAGGCGGUGUCGCAGCGCCGAGGCGUCACCUGAGCCCUUCCACCGCCCCCACGGGACGCGGACACACGGCGGCCGUCAGCAGCAGCAGCAGCAGGAACAGCAGCAGGCCGAAGGUCGCCAGUGGUGGGCGGUCCUCUGUGCCCCUUCUAGCGAGGGGCGCCCUGGACCUCACGUCGGGGGAGCAAGACCAACCCGAGGGACUGCCUGCCGCCGCCGAGGCCCCAGCAGCAGGGUCCGCCCUGCACGGGGGGGCGUGGCGGGCCGCAGGCCUUUUGAAUGUAAAUGAAAUGAUGGUGAACUCUCUCAAGAGUCUGGAACAGGAAUACACGAGCGAGGAAGUGCGUCCGUUCGGGAAAAAGUCUGUGUCUAGGGAAGCUGAGGGAGGAGAGGAGGAAGAAAGGGAAGAGGAGGGAGGAGUGGAGGAAGACGGAGAGGAGGAGAAGGAAUGGCAGGGGGGCCGUGGCGGCCAGGCUGGGCAGGUGUCGGCCCCCCGCGCGCCGCCCCAACUCCCACCCCGCCCACACCUGUACGAGGCGGAGAAGGAGCGUCGGGUGAUGCUGGAAGCCCUGGCGCGGCGCCCCCCCCAGGCAGGGCCCCCACACAGCCCCACUGCAGCCCCGCCGCCCGGUCCCCAGCAUCCCUCAGCCCGCCCCGCCCCGCCGCCCCCGCCCCGCCCUGCCCUUGCAACCAAAGAGACUCGUAACGUAGAAGCUCCUCUUGCUGAGACGGCCGUUCAGGAUCCCCACGCCCACCCCGCCCCGCCGCCUCCUUCCCACCACGCCCCGCCGCCCUCGCCGCCCCAAGACAGUCAAGGCGGCACAAUAGGUUUGUCGGGCCGGAGAGGAAACUCGCUGGAUCAGAAAAGCCGUAAAGAAAACUUGCCCGGCCCGUCAUUAGCUCUCAGCCCAGCACGCCUUCAUAAGGGAGUCGCGUCGCACUCCGCGGGGGUCGGCCGCCCCACAGAGGGUGUGUCCGUGCCUGGCAGAGGGUCGCCGGGGUCAGGCCAUUCUGCCGCAACUAAGUCAGCGGGAUCAGGUGGCCGGGGCGGCGCAGGGCCGGCCGGGGGUGGGGGGCCGCGUGGCCCCGCACAGCUGGGAUCACGGGAUCUGCAUGGGAUUAGAGGCGCUGAGCCGGGCCAGCGGGACGCACUGAGCCCCGCUGAGGCCCGGCGCGUGCCGCCCACUUCAUCUCACAAAUGGUCGCCGCGAAGAGCAAACCAGAGUGUGUCCGCAACUCGCCUCCUGCCGCUGCUGCCGCCCGCCGGCGGGAGGACUCACCCUGCUCAGGGAAGAGUGACACACGCCCCCCCGGGACUCCCGGCAGCCGCUGCACCCGGGAACGCCGCCCCCCCGCCAGGACCGGCGGGCGGGGGGGCGUCAGGUGGCCUUGGCCUUGACGUGUGGGACGCGACGCGCGGCGGCAAGAAGAAAGAGAAAAAUAUUACCCCCGGAGAGAGACGCGAGAAAAAUAUGGUGGAAGCGACGCUGCCGAGGGAAAAUGGAGUAGGAAAUUUGAGGCCCAUCAUGCCGGGAGGGGGAGGAGGAGGAGGAGAAGGAGAAGGAGAAGGAGGAGGAGGAGGAGGAGGAGGAGGCGGAGAAGACAAAAGAGGAAGAGGAGACAUGGAAAAACGAAGAGAGCUGCCACACGCCGACGAGUCGCUGCCUGGCGCGGGGAGUAACGAGGCGCGGGUGUCACGCGGCGGCCACUUCGCCGCGUCCUGGAGCGGGCCGCGGCGACCACAGGCGGGGGAGAGAAAGAGGCUCCUGAAACGAGACUCCGAGACAACAGGUCAGAGUGGAGCGGCGGGGCGCGGCGCCGGGCAACAGGAGUCCCGGGGGCAGCACCCCCCCAUGGCGCCGCGAGGCACCCUCCAGGAAGGGCCGCCCGCUGCAGGGGUCCCUCUGACCCCCGCCGCAGCCGCGCCCCACCACGCCAGGCCCGGCAUCGCUGAUGAGGCACACGGCGGCGCCCACACGACCGACGGCUUCGAGGCCCCGCCCAAGGUGGCCCCGCUACCCGGUGCCGGCGAUCCCCCCCCGAGGCACCACGUGGCCCCCGGCCCCGUGGGUGGCGGCGGAGCGGACUACAGCUACCUGCCGCCGGGCUUCGUCACGGUUGACACCUCCGAGGGGUGCCAGUGCUGGCAGACCCACGACGACAGCCUCACGCCCGAGGAGGAGUGCCGCUGCCGGGGAAGACACAUCACGCAGCUGCCCGCCAACCUCUCCGCCUCCAUGGACAGACUUUCGCUGACCAAGAUAGGACUGAGAACUCUCGGCCACAGGAACUUGUCUCUCUACGCCCCGUCCAUCAAGGAACUCAUCCUCCGGGACGUCUUUGAACUCCGUGGCCUCGAGAGCGACGUCUUCUGGAACAUGACCCAACUUAAAACCAUUUACAUCAGCCACGCGCCUCGUCUGGUCAAGCUGCCGUCUAAUGUCUUUCACGUUUUCCUGCCAAGCCUCAAAGUCCUACGCAUCGUACACACUGGCCUGACUGUCCUCCCCGGGCUCUCCCAGCUUCAUCUCAAUCGUGGUAUUCUCCAUUUGUUGGACCUGGAGAACAACAAGAUCAGGAGGAUAACAACGUCUUCUGUCAGCAUCCGCGCCAUCCAGCUACUCCUGGAUAACAACAACUUGAAGGCGAUCGAGGCAUCUGCUUUUAAGGGGUCCGAGAUUGAUAAGUUGAGUCUGAAGGGCAACACGGACCUGACUGACCUACACCUGCUGGCCUUCCAAGGAGUCAAGUCCCUCAGCAGUCUGGAUCUCUCCAACACCCGGAUCAGCAGGCUACCCACGGAGGGCCUGGAGAGCCUUGAGUCGCUGCACCUGACGGGAACCUACGAGCUCAAGGUGUUCCCCUCCGUCUACUCCUUCAAGCAUAUCACCUGGGCGAACCUCACCUACCCCUACCACUGUUGCGCCUUCAGGUACCCGCGCCUACACGACCCCACGGAGCACAGGAAGCAUGAGGAGUUUCUGAAGCGGAUGGAGAAAGUGUAUUGCGGCGAUGUCACCUCUCCGCUCCCCAAGACGUCCCCGGAGAAUGCUGGCUGGCGGAGGAGGAGGCGGAGGGCGGUACCAGCAUCCACUCACACACCUGAGAUAGAGAGAACGAAGGGAAGAGGAGGAGGAGGAGGAGGAGAGGUGAGCGUGAGUACCUCGUCUCCUUCACCUGGCUACACACCUUCCACACCUGUCCGCACAUCUGUUAGGCCGGGCAACACACAUAACCCAGAGACGACGAAGGAAAGAGGAAGAGAAAGAGGAGGAAGUGGAGGAGGAGGAGGAAAACAGAUAACCGUGAAAGCCUCGUCUCCUACACCUGACUACACACCUGCCACACCUGUCACGAACUCUGGAAACACACCUGAAAUAAAGAGGACAAAGGAAAGAGGAGGAGGAGGAGGAGGACAAGUAACCGUGACAGCCUCGUCCCCUACAUCUGAUUCCACACCUUCCACACCUGUCCACACACCUGUCACCAAACCUGAGAUACAGAGAACAAAGGGAAGAGGAAGAGGAGAACAAAUAAUCGUGAGUAACUCGUCCCCUCCACCUGAUUCCACACCUUCCACAUCUGUGACAAAACCUGGCUACACACCUUCCACACCUGUCACAAAGCCUGGCACCAAACCUGAAAUACAGAGGACAAAAGAGCAAGAAAGAGAAAGAGAUGGAAUACAGGUGCCCGCGAGAGCCUCUUCUGACCAACUCGAGAGACGUCAUUUGCGGACCUCUGAAGAGCGAACCGUCGACUUAAAGACCAUCCCGCGGCCUGUCACGUCGGCCUCCCCUCCUUCCCCUCCUCCUCCCACGUCCUUCAGCCCCUCGUUACGCCCUUCUGCACCACCCAAGGACACCCCACACACGUCAAGGCUAAGUCCCGCCCCGUCAGUCCACUUCAAGGCGCAGAAAAGGCGAACAAAGGCGGUGAUUAUGAGUUCGCAAGAGGAGAAAAAGGAAGAUGAGGAGGAGGUGGAGGAGGGAGAAGAUGAGGAAGGGAAGCUACUGGAGUGGAGGGAAGUAAGGAGAGAAGGAAUCAACAAGGAAAGUGGAUCAGGAAAACAGGAGGAGGUGGAGGAGGAGGAAGGUGAGGAAGGGAAGGUACAGGAGUGGAGGAAAAUAAGAAAAGGAACAGGUAAACAGGUGGAAGAUGUGGAGGAGAACUUACCUUACCCACAUAGUCAUCCACCUCCCCACCUACCUCACGACCUCCCUCCCCAUCUACCUCCUCGGCUACCUCGCUCCUCUCUACCCCAAGACAACACCUCCACGCCUAACCCACGCCCACACCCACGCCCACACCCACGCCCACAGGAAGAAACACAUGCUUGGGGUGCUUCCUUAACCCACACGGCAUCCUCCCCACAACGUCCAAACUCCGGAGACCUACAGGACCCUCACGCCAUUCCUAGGGCAGACGAAGGCUUACCAGGUCCAGGAACUUCUGAGGACAUCAAUGAACACCCUGAGGUACCACUGGGUCACUCCUUUCACCCGUAUCCAAUCCCUGGGGCUGCUGUCGAAGAUUUGGGUCCAGGAACAUCAGUGGACACAAGCGAAGCCUCUGAG